AUGGAUUUUAAGAAUGGUUAUGAAAAGAUAGCAUUGUCAAAGCAAGACUAUAGUCAUGUUUUUGAUAAUGUAUUACAAUCAGCAAUGGAUAAACUUAACCUACAUCUACCGGGGGCACAAAAGGAUCCAUUAAAGAAUGAAGUUUCCACUAUGCUUGAGGAAUUUCUUGUUAAUAUUUUUGAUAGUUCAAAAUAUUCAAUCCUUGCAGAUGGAAGAGAUUUGGAUGAAACAUCAAUUAAGGAUAUUCUUUUAUUAAGAACACAUGAAAAUGUCGAGCAAAUUGAUGCAGAUAUAACUUCGAAAUUAAGAAAUAUAUUACAAGAAUUUGAAACAGAAACAGUUGAAGUGACUAGAAUGAGGCGAGAGAUUCCUAUAAAAGCAAGUGAUGUUUAUAAUGAUGUUAUUAAAAAAGUGGACGAUGAAGUAUCGGAAUUAAUUAAUCAGAUUGAAAAAGAAGAUCAAGAUAACCUAAACGAUGAACAAAAACCCGUGGAGAUUGAUCACGAGGAUACUUCAAAGAAACUCAAUAAAUAUUUGCAAUUACUAGAGGAAACAAAUAAGCGAUUACCAACUUUGAGAACCCAAUUUGAAGAAUAUAAUAAAACCCUGCAACUUUUGGAAGAUAUUUACGAACAACGCCACUCACAACAAACUAAAGAAGUAUAA